AGGCAGCCCAGCAGUGACAGAAAUGGAAAGUGUGAGUGAGGAGUGAGGUUAUUCACAGAGAAUAGUGAGGUGGGGUGAUUUACACAUCGGGGAGGAGAGAAGCAGCUAGUGACAGGGAGGAGGGAGGCUGCCGGUUAUAUAGGGGCUGGGGCUAUGGAAACAGGACCGGCUCUAAUCCACUCGCUUCACCCCGGGGAGUAACGGCCCUGAAGUAAAGGCUGCAGAGCUACGUUUGGGGCAGAAAUGUCUGCCGUGCCCGGGGCCCCCCUGCUUCUGGGGUUUCUGGUGAUGCUGGGCACCCCCGGAGUGCUCGGUGCCGGACAGGAGACGGGCGGGGAUGGCUCCUGGCUCCCCGGUGCCCAUGAGAUGCAGGACUUGGCGCAGCUGUCCUGGGAAUACCUGCAGUGCUGGCUGUCCCCCGGGGGGUGCGAACCGGGGCAACAGCCUCCUCCAGGCUGGACUUGGCCAAGUGUUGGCUGGGAGUCCGUGGAGCUGCUGUCUGACUGGUACAGGAGAGUGUCCGGCGACGCUCAUCACACUCAUGGGAGGAUAAUGAACAACAUCACAGGAUUGCAGGAGGAUUUGACCCGGAGGGUACACGGCCAGCACCUGGCACACGACUUGAUUGUAACUUCCAUCAAAAGCUUCCUGAACGGUGAAGAACCCAGGAACUCGCUUGUUCUCGCUUUCCACGGCUGGACAGGCACUGGGAAGAACCUGGCCGCCCGGAUCAUCGCCGAGAACCUGUAUGCGGACAGGCAGCGCAGCGCAUGCAUCAGAAUAUUCAUCCCACAGCUGCAUUUCCCCCAUGCUUCACACCUGGAGGCCUAUAAGGUACAACUCGCAAAGCAGAUCAGAGAAGUCUCUUCCCGCUGCAUGCAACCUCUCUUUGUGUUCGAUGAGGCUGAUAAGCUUCCUCCAGCUCUGCUCCCCCCUAUCCAUGCGCAUCUUACCCAGCCAGAGACGGCACAGACAAGGAGCAUUUUUCUCUUCCUCAGUGGCACGGGCAGUAAUGCCAUUAAUGAAGUGGCCCUCAGUUUCUGGCGAGCUGGACGUCAUCGGGAGGAGAUCACGAUAAACGACUUGGACCGGCCUUUGAAAUCUGCAAUAAGGGAGACUCAAGGCAAUAACCCGUUCUUACAACAUCUCCUGGCUGAGGGUCUGGUUGAUGCCUUGGUGCCUUUCCUGCCGCUGGAGCGGGCUCAUGUAAAGAUGUGUGCCAGGGAUUGCCUCGUGGCACGUUCGCUUCCGUACACAGAAACAACUCUGGAGGCUGUGACCAAAGAGCUGCUGUUUGUGCCAAAAGGAGAGCAGCUGUUUUCUGCCCAGGGGUGUAAGCUGGUGGCGCAGAGAAUCAACUUUCUGGAGCUUUAACUCGGUGGGAAAUGGACCUUCUCACACACAUUGGGUUCAGAGGCCGAGCCCGCGACAGGCUCUUCUAGAUACCGCGACGCGCUGCGGCUUGUGCACAGCUUAACUGUAUCAGCAAGUCAUACGAAGCAGCAGAAGGAAGCGCCUGUUUGUUACAGCAGGCCAAGCUGGAGCUGCACACAGGACGGCCGGAUGACUUGGCAUGGAGCGCGUCUCUUAGCCGGAGGAAACGAGCUCAAAAGCAUCUGCUGUGUGCAAGAAAGUGACGCCGGACUGAUUUACAGCGGAUCCUAUGAAAUCUGUUACAGGAUACUUACACUUUAUUUAUAAACUAAUAUAUAUAUUAUAUAAUGCAUAUUUGUAUAUAUCAGACUAUAUUUUUUUUACGCAUGUAAUAAAUAUU